UACUAUUAAGCCCGUCUACAUGCUGAUGUAUUGCAAUGGAUUGACUUGUAUUCUGUAUGAGUUAAGGUGAUGAGUAAACAUGGGCUGCAUUUUAUACAUUUAAAAAAAGAAGAUAAUUUAAAAAAUCAUUUCAAAUCAGUACCAAAAUUGCACAUCUAUGGAAACAAACGUAAAUCUUUGAUCCAUUUCCAGCUGUCUUUCGCUACUCUUGUUCAGAAACACAUAAACAGUGGGUAUAAAUGUAUGCGUAGCCUACAUUUGUUUUGAGGAACAACUCGUGAGUGAGAUUAUAGGCUAUAAUUACUAGCCUACUUUAUCAUUUGCGUUUAACGCACGCAAAGCUAAAAACCCUCUUAAACAGUUGAACAGCUCUUUCUACAUUCUUUAUACCUUGAACUCUAAAAGGCGGAGCAUUCCGUUUAAGUUAAAUGUAUAGAUUGCUCAAGCGUUCGAUUAGUUUCAAAUAAAGUUUAAAGUGCUGUAUUUGAAGAGAAGCGCGCGCAGGAAGCUGCUCAGCUGUAUUUCUGUUGGCUGAGCGCAGCCCCUGCCCUGAUUGCCUUAUAUCCAUGUGUAUUGACGUGUUGAGAGCAGAUGGAGGCAGAGGGACUGAUCUGAUCUCUAGUCCUCAGAGGUCAUUCUCGCUACAGUUACAGCCACUUGUUGACAAAUCGCUGAGAGACCGCGAGCGCGUCGCGAAGCCGUUUUCAUAAAGAGCUAUUUCUUUGCUUUCACGACACACAUCUAGAUGUUAAGACGGGAAUACAACUACUUCUGACUUUGUUUGGGGAAAAAGGUCACUUUUGAGCAAAUUCUUCGCAUUUGACGGGAGAAGCAUGGUUGACAACACAAGCAUAGCAACUAAAUCUGCACUGCAAGCCGCUUUCUCGUCGGCGAGCACUCUUCCUUUGCUGGUCAGCUCCUCCGGCGCUCACAGUAACUCGAGCGGCGGCAGCGGGAUGAAGCUGGAGGCGGUCAUGGAGAACCUGCAGCGACAGCAGGCGGCUCGACUCGCCCUGGAGGAGAAACUCCGCCAAGCCGAGAAGGAAAAAGACAUUAGGUCUAUGGUGGAGUCGCAAAUUCAUCAGCAAGCUAUCGCUUUCCGCCACUAUCAAGCAGCGGUGAGGGGAGCUUUCGCUUCGGGAGCCCCGAACUCGAGCUCCGGCCACCCACACGAGCGCACAGCCGACUCCGACAUAGACAUCGACGAUGAGGAUGACGACCCAGACCUGGACCGCGGCAUGGACGAUGAAGACCGCGACUUGGAGGAAGAUGACAGUAUGAACGAGGCUGGAGGGGAUGAAGAUUUGGAAGGACCCCUAGCUCAUUACCCACCGCGCCUUGCUGUUUAUCCCGGUGCCGGGCAGUCUCCAAAAAGUACCCCGAUGCAUCUGUCCAGAGUCCAGCCAACCUAUCCAGUUCCAAGUCAGGCUGAAUCACCGAGUGGUUUGGCACCACAAGCACAAUCGCAACACCACGAAUGGACUUAUGAGGAGCAGUUCAAACAGUCAGGCCAAGGCAGCGGGCCAGGAAGGAAGCUGAAAGAUUCGAGUGUUGCUUUCGGUGGCAGUGGCUCUUCGUCUCUGAUUCAGGAGCUGUACGAACUGGACGAUGAUGAGAAAAGGAAGGAGUUUCUCGAUGAUCUCUUCAGUUUCAUGCAAAAAAGAGGGACUCCAGUGAAUCGGAUUCCUAUCAUGGCCAAGCAGGUGUUGGAUCUCUACACUCUCUACAAGCUUGUCACCGAAAAAGGCGGCUUAGUGGAAGUCAUCAAUAAGAAAAUAUGGCGCGAGAUUACCAAAGGCCUGAACCUCCCUACCUCCAUCACCAGUGCGGCUUUCACCCUCCGAACACAGUAUAUGAAGUACCUCUAUCCUUAUGAAUGUGAAAAGCGGGGACUAAGCUCUCCCGGGGAGCUUCAGGCAGCUAUCGACAGCAACCGUCGCGAAGGCCGGAGACAGAGUUAUGGCUCCACCCUCUUUAACUACUCCCCCGUUGGCACCCCCACCCUGCUGGCUUCCCCAAAACUCCAGAUGCCCCACAUCAGCAUGCCCACUCCCAACGGUGGGCACAUGACUCAGACCCCUGUCAUCAAGAAAGAAGACUCCAUGCUGUCCAGCUGCCUGACUAACAGGGUGGGCAUCCCUGUGUCUUUGGCCAGCCACCACAGUGCAGCUCAGGCGGCUGCAGCUCAGGCUGCAGCUGCAGCAGCUGUGCAGGCGGCCGCAUUGGAGCAGCUGCGGGAGAAGCUGGAGUCUGGAGAGCCACCGGAGAAGAAAGUGAUGCUCAUGGCAGAGGAGCAGCAGAGGAUAAUGCAACAUGCAUUACAGCAGAAUCUCUUCGCCAUGGCAACCCAGCUACCCAUGAACAUCAAACUGAACAACAGAGAUGAUAGACAAGAGACUGCAUUGAACCUGUCUACCAACGGCAUUAGCAGCAUCAACAUGUCAAUAGAAAUAAAUGGGGUUGUCUACACAGGGGUCCUGUUUGCCCGUAAGCCAGCCAUAGGUUUCAUGCCAGGCAGCCAGCGAGUCCAUCACCAACACAGCUCUCAGGGAAAGAGCAGCAGCCCAGGGCUCAGCACCCAGAUGCAGCCGUCCUCCUCUUCCUCCUCCACCGCCUCCUCACACGGACCAGCCACCUCCCCUUGAGCCCACAACACCUCACUCAUCUCUCCCCCGACGUCAGAUAAGGCAGGGUCCUUUAGGUCAUUCUGCUGGACCAGUUUUUUUUGUCUCCUUCAAUGUACAAUGUACAAUGUACUCUUUUUACCGUUUUUCUAACCAUCCCCCUGCAAUCAGGACAGGAGCAUCCGUCACUGAAAAAACUUUCAUUAAAACAAAAGGCUGAGCACCGACAGCUGAUAGCCGCACAUUUGAGGUGUGGUACAUUUACAUUUGCAGCAAGUUGCAGCUUGUAAUUUUGUUCUUCUGAGGAUGCUAUUAUUCAGCGUGGAGCAACUAAAACGUACUGCGUGACAAUGCCAUGAACACAAGGAGAUGACUGGAUGUUCCUCAGACAGUGAAUGUUGCAUCAAAGCAAGAUUCUUCACUUCCCUUCACUGCAUCUUCAUCUUUACCUGUUGCAUUCUUGAAUCAAACAGCAAGAGCUACUAUCAGCUAUUACCAAAGAGAAUAAGAGUAGCAUAUUAGUGGUUUAUUUGAUAAAGUUUUAUCACCAUCAUCAUUGCAAAUGAUCAGAAAGUUACCAAAAUGAAUUAUCAAGCUGAUAUUUUAAUAUCUUGAUUUUAAGCAAAGCACAUCCCAUUUAACUUGGGCAUCAAAUAGUCAGGGAGAAAAAGUUAUUUACUGUAUUACUGCUUAAAUAUAUGUUUGUAAAGAAAAGAUAUCAUUAUAUCCAUCAGAGCACUCAUCUACACAAUCUUUAAAAGACCGGGAGAAUCAUAAAUGCUAGAUCGGUCAUGUAUAGCUUGAUAUGGAGGAAAGCAGACAGGAUUAUGUCUACUAUAUUCUCUCAUGACUGGUUUUGGCCUGAGGCCGUUGCGAAAUAUAUUCCAUUGAUUAGUGAGUUAUUUGGGGAACACUUGUCGACAGUGUUUAAUGAUUUUCCACCACCUCAGCCCAUGUUUUUAUAGCAAAGUGUUCAUUAAAUGCUUUUGUAGACGGAAAAACAGGUCACACUGGUUAAUACAGGUUUCAGAAGUCGAGGGUCAAAUGAUAUUGCGACGCAUGACUGUGAGCUGGACGUUGAUCAUAACAAAAUGGUUGAGGUUUUCAACCAAAAAAGAGAAGCUCUUUAGAAGUAGAUUAUGUGCUGCGAUCACGCUCAAUGUGGCUCAUUUUAAGCAUCGGUUCAUGUUGUGAAUAGAAUCCAGCUUUCAUUACGUUUUCAACAAUGCACUUGCAUUUGAGAGUUCACCUCUCGUCCUUUAUUCCAUUCUCCAUUUCUUCUUCUUCUCUUUUCUGUUGGUAAGGAAAUGGGAGGAUAUUAUUGUGUCAUUUUUUUUAGAAUUCAGUAGACGAUUUCAAGUUGUAUUUAUUAUUACUUCUAUUCUCUUCCUUUGAUGUUGAAACUUGGGCUGUUUCAGUGCUUUCAGAAACAUCGCUUUUAUUUAAAGAAAGAAAAAGUCAUAUUACAGCCCAGUACCUCACAAAUCCUGCAAACCUGUACACAGAUAAUAGAUUAUGAAAACAAGAUAUACCUCAUUUAUUUCAUUUCUAUUAUUUUUAUUGUGAAGCCACUUGAAAAUGUUUUUUCAACAAAUCACUGGAUUUUUUGUUUCUAUUUUGUAUUGUUUUACCAAAGAAGGGAAUAUAUGAUGAACACACAUCUACCUCAUUUGUUAUAGACUGUGCCAACAACAUAAUCACAGCAGCCAGUUUUUGAACAUAGCCUUUCUGGUCCGAAUUCACUUUUGCCUGCGUGAUUUGUGCUGCAGAACCAGAGGCUGGACCACACAGGGCUCGACACGGCGUCAGAUGCUUUGCUUGUUCGUUUUUGUCAGUGGCGCACAGGGGAAAAUGAAAUACCAGAAGGAUUCUAUCUCGAGCUUAUUCUGUACAGUAUCACUAGAUCUAAAACAUCUUAUGAAACAUAUCUUAAGUUAAGCUGCCUGCAACCUUGGGCGUUUAGUUAAAGUGUUUUAGCUUUACGGUUUGCAGCAGUUCCAUUGAUGCCAGUGUUUGAGUCGUCAUUUCUGUUCACAACAUAAUGUGACUUUCAAAAAAUAUAUAAUCUAGUCUAGUCAAAAGUAACUAAAAAAAAUUUUUUUUUUAUAUACUGUCUUUAGUGGGAUUUGAAUGUGGAGACGUGCUCAGAACAGGACUUAUUUUUACAAAUACCAAAGAUCUGACAAUAUUCUUGGGUUCACAAUUUCCGACCCAAUGCUGUCAUUCUUAACUUUUAAUCUCAAGCAGGAGAAAAAUAUUUUUAUUUGAUCCUGCUGCGGCAAAACUUGAUUUUAAGCACUUGGAUCAAAAUGUUUUCAAAAAAAUGAAAAGGCCAAGCUGUAUAUUCAGUUAGUCUCAGUGCACGGAUGGCAAUCUAAGAAUGUAAUAACAGUUUCCAGAGUUUUAGCACAAUUAAGAUUAAUGAAACGAGUAAACCUGACCAUCAUUUUGUUGUUGUAUAGGUGCAAGGAUUAAUGGAAAUAUAUAGUCUAUAUUUAUGUGGAAUUACAGAGGGCACAAUCAAUGCACAAUUGUCUGAUUCCUGUUGUUCGUUGUAAUUUACCUCUUGAUCAGCGUAUGAAGAGACUUUGCUUAUAUUUUUUCACAGCAGUGGCACAGUCUAUUCCUUCAUAUGACUGUCUGUUGUCUCUUCAGCUCAUGUCGCUAGACUGCAGAGAUUUUUAGAGCAAAUCCUGGACGGACUCUGGAGAAGCAAAAAAACACGAAUCAGAGUUAAUCCAUAACCAAAGCUUUUACAAAACCACGUUCACAGGCUUACUGAUGACAAUGUUGGAACAUUUGUUCAUAAAAAAAGACUAUCAUUUUAAUAACGAUUAAGAAAAAAAAAAAAGAAUCACUCAUGUGCUUAAAGAAUAACAUGUUGUUUACCUUGUUUAGCUAUGUCAACGAUGCUAUGCUGGUAGAUUUUAGAUCCUAUUAUACGCUGUGUAUGAAGCUUAUUUUUCUUUUAUUCACUUUGGAUAAAUCCAGUGCAUUAUGGGAAAGCUGGAUUGUGGUGCUCAGGGGUUAAAAAAAAAAGAAGAAAAAAACUGGUGAAAGAUUUUUAUUUUAUUUUUUUGUUUGUUUGUUUGUUUUGCCAUUGACUUGUAGCAUAAUUAGAAAUAAAGUACUGCUUUCCA